UAGAUAUAUUGUAGCAUGCAUAGCAAUGCUAUAGCGACAAGCGCUUUUAAGGGAAGCUAGUGCCCACCCAAUUAAGUGAAGUCAUCCGUGCCAACCAAUUUACUGUAUGAAUGGCUUCAAUACGUAGACUUGUGGAAACCAUCGAUAGUCAUACUCCUGGUGGUUUAAACAUUCGACUUACAGCCAGUGGGCCUGGGGUCCGAGUCCACCCCAGUUGCCUCAGUCUGGGCUACUGAGUAUUACCACCAGCCCUCAGACAAUCAGUGUGACUCAUAGUUCGGCACCUGGAAAAUGUGUUCCGGAUAACAGGUCAGAAAUAUCAGUCAUAUUAGCGAGGUGAAAAGAACAUAACCCAUUUUCAAACCUAUUAAGCUUCUGCUAGUUAUCAUAGCAUAUGUGUGUAGUAAGCCGGACAGCCUAACUGAGUGUUAACAGGCCCAAACAGGCUCAAAACCGCUAAUCGCAAGUUGCAUUACCCCUGUCGCGCAUCCCUUGGUCCUUUGGGAGCCUUACACCAAUUUCUAUUUUUCAACUCGUAUAACAUUCGGGCUGUCUGCGUACAUAGUCGAAGUAACAUAUUAUUACUAUUCACAUGGUUUCCGAGUGGAGCAUACAAAUUCAACAGCACUUUUUCCUGUUUUCUGCGGUCCUCUAUAGGUAGCCCAACGUUUGACACAAACUUUCAUCUUGUGACACGAACUCCAUGUCAUCCCCAGACGCCCAAGUUGUCGUCUCCCGUUCAGCUUCCACUCGAGGGCCUGGCACGUGUUGCUUUAUGGUCUCAUCAUCGUGCGUCCGAUCCAGCUGCAUAUUUAUCGUCGUACCCAUUGAGCAAUAGGCUCUUCAUUGGUUCAUUUCCAGAGUUUUUUUCUGUUGCUAAUUCUUCCUGGCCAUCUGGUCUUCACUAUGGAUCGAAGAUAGCUGUUGAUAAAAGUCUGCAGCUGGCUGUUGGAAAUGCUUUUCGUAACACACAUGCCAGGUUUCUGACCCAUCUGGAAGAAAUGAAUUAAGAUUGGUGUUGAAAAUCCGAAUUUUAUGGUUUUGUUCGGGGCGCAGAAGAUUUCAAAACUGAUUUAAAAGUAAUGGAGACGAAUUAAUGGCAUCAAUAAAUUUAAUUGAUCAUAUGUGGGAGCAGUAUAUUAUACCAUGCUUGUAACCGAAAAUGCAUUCCAGGACUUCAAUACGAUUUGUCAUCUUUAAUAGUUUUAACCAAUUUGAGCUUGCAGAUGCAGACGGAAUAACAGAGGAUGAUAUUAUUAAAACAAACUUGCUGCACACGAACAAAGCCUUACAUUAUUCAAAUGAAUCUAUCUGUUCUGCACGGGGUACUGUUACAACUUUAUCUGUAUCAUCUACAUCAGCUAGUCCUCGUUCAUUAACACUUGAUCGAAUGUCUCCAAGUGAAUACAUUCAGGCUUCAAAAAUUGGAAAUUCAAAUAUUGAUAACAAAGUUAAUGGGAUUCAUUUUGAAGGAAAUCACAAUGAUCGAAUUAUUCUUGAAAUGUUUCAAUCCCACCAUCCCUCUCUUCCUUUAAGAAGAACUCAAAACUGGAUAGAUGAUCUCCAAAAUUUGCCACUCAGUGUCUUAAGACUUUAUGUUCAAGAGAUGAAUAACGGCAUUAUGCAGUUGUCGGAUUGUUUAGUUGAUUCGCUGGCGGAACGAGAUGAACUUUUAAUGCUACGCGAAGCUAGUGAUGACUUUAUUGUGCUACUUAGUUUGGUUCACGAGAGAAAAACCCGUGCGUCUAAAGCAGCUCUGUUGGCGACAGCGAAAAAUCUAAUUCGUUCCAAAACUUUAUUUCGUGUUUCUACUCCAUGGUUUACUAAGAAAUCUGACAUGUCAGCUUCCAGUACAUUGUCACUAAUUGGAUCGUCACAUUUGGGGAAACCAGUGACUACAAAACCGGUUAGAAAUGAAUCACUCACAAAUGUUCCAGUUAAUUCAGUCCAUUUAGAUUUGGAAAACAAUUCUGUUGCUUAUGUUGCUUCCCUUAAUUUGCACUCAAAAUUAAGGCGACCUAGAACGCAAGCUAUACCUCAUAUUCAUUUAAACAACCAUAUAAAUGCUAAAAACAAGUCAAAUUCACCGCCUACUUCAGUUAGUUCUAAACCUGUAGGCGGAUCGGAAUCUUCGGAACCUGUUGGUGUGUCAUCAGAGAGCAUAGCGUCGAUACCGGUCAAACAAGCAAAAAUUCGCUAUGAAGCCCUUGUGAAUAUGUGUAACUCAACAAACUGGCCGAAUGGCAAGCCUCAAGAAAGUCGAUCACUACUUUUACGUUUACCAUAUCGAAUUCAACCUGGUGUCGGUAUUUCAAUGCAAGAUCUACGUCUACUAAAUCAAAUUCUCUAUGCUACUGUUUUGGAAAAUCCAAAAAUAGAAAAAUUACUUGAUAGCUACAUAAUGAAUGUUACCAAUGCCAACGGUAUUGCUGACUGGGUGAAAGCGGUUGAACCUCCAAGGUGUCAUGACUCACAAACAUUGAAGAUCACAUCAUGCCAGGGACGAAAUCAUCAUCAUAUGCCAACAUCAAUAGAAACGCAGUGUGCUUAAAAGUCUUUCAUCUGUGUUCUCGUUAUCUCUUUCCUCUUGCUUCCAUUCUAUUUUCAAAAAGUAUAUACUGCUUUUGCAAAUUCUACUUACUCCCAACGCUCGGUGUGUAUUUGUUUCUCGGCAUCAGUAAAUACAAGAUAUUUGACCGUAACUAGUUAACAUUUAUUACCCACCAGAAUAUGCAUUUUGUUUUCUAAAAUAAGUUAUUUUAUUUUAUAUAUUUGUCAUUUUCUUUUCUGCUCUGGCUUUACUUUAACUUGUGCAAUAAUUUGAUUAUAAUUUCAGCUAUUUUUGAGUUUUUUUCCCUUUUCAUCUAAGCUAAUAAUGUGCCAUUUAUGUGUAAUGUGUUAGAUUCCAAUGGUACCGUUUCAUCUCUUAAUACUGUUAUAUUUUGAUUUUUUCCCCUGCCCCUUUCUCGUAAUCACCUGUCGUGUGUACACUGUUCCUCUAACCUUCUGUCGAAAUAUUGACUUGGUUUCCAUUUUCUAAUUGAUUUAUAAAAGUUGGGUAUAGGAAACAGCUGAUUGCUUGUUGUAAUUUUGAUAAUUUGCGCUCACAGUUCACUUCACUUCACUAAUAUUAAUUUUUAUUGUUCCUAUUUUUGUCCAUUAAUUGACUUUUGUCUCUGAAUGUCACUCAGUAGAACUCAUAUGUCUGCUGUUUUUUUUCUUACUUUAUUGCGCACUUAUCAGUGAAGUGUUUUCUGUAACAAUCGCAAUCGCUAAAAGUUUAAGAUAUGUAACUUCGCAUAAUAAAAUAUUUUCAAUGGCUUCAUUGUCCCAAAAAACUGGCUCACAAGUUUUCCGUUAUCCAGCUACUCAUUGACUUAAUCACCCAGAUUCGCACCCUUCUCCACCUACUUUAGCCUGAGCAAUUAAGCACUAGCAUCAUCGCCCAUACAGUCAGCCUCCCC